AUGCUAUAUGUUACAAAUACGAUCUUGCGCCCUGCAAGUUUUCGGUUACAACAACGAUCAUUCCAUAUAUUUACAUCAUUAAGAAAACCAAAUGAUGUGUCACAAUCUGUACUUGCAAAUUUAACCUUUGAAGAUCAUUAUAAUAUCAGGUCCAAUAUAGAAUCAUUGAUACAGGAUUAUUCAAGAAGACGUGUGCCCGCUUUAACAUUUGCAUUUCUAACUCAGCAUAGACAGAGACCGUUACCUUCAAGUGAAUUAUAUACUUUAAAUAUUCAAAUUAUGAAUUAUUUAUUAACUUAUACAUGUAGACAACUUACAGCAUUGCAACAAUUACCUUAUAUUGCCAUAUUAAACCCCAAAAUAGAACAAACAUACGCAUUAUAUUUAAAGACUUUAACUGCUCUAUUAGAUAAUAAAUUUCCGUAUGAUUUAUAUGAUAGACAAAAAAUGCGUGUAUUAUUACGCCAAUUUCUCGAUGAUCAUCAGGACACUCUACAAACAUUGUCAGAUGGGAUGACAGAGAUCAUGGAGGCAUUCCCCAAAAAUUCCGUUUUCCUUUUCCUUAAUGAACAUUUAAAGAAUCGUAUUACAAUGAAAUUGUUAGCUACACAUUAUGUUGAAUUAAUAUCACAACAAGAGAGAAGGCCUCAAGCGAGACUCAAUGAUUCUCAAAAUAAAGUAGGGAUUGUUCAACGGGAUGUCCCGUUGGCACCAUUCAUUACAAGAAUAUAUGAAUUUGUUAAUGAUUUAUGUUUAUUAAAAUAUGAUCAUCAACCGAUCAAUUUAACAUUCACACAAGGUGAAGAUAUCAAAUUCUCUUGUAUACCAAUCAUACUGGAAUAUCUAAUGACAGAGAUUCUCAAAAAUUCAAUGCGUGCCACAAUUGAAAGUUCUGCAAAAAAUAAUACACAUCCAAAAGAUAUUGAAGUGAGUAUCUUUGAAGCUGGACCUAGUAAAGUUUUGAUACGUGUAAGAGAUUACGGUGGUGGUAUUCCGGAGGCUCUCGAGCGCAAGAUUUUUGAUUACUCAUAUACGUCUACCACAGACCCAACUUUGACUAAUGACUCCACUGAGAAUAAAGAUAUAGACGAUAUCCAUUGUUCAGUUGCCGAGGAUCAAAUGUUACCAGGUCAGACUGUGCAUAAUAUUGCAGGAAUGGGAUUUGGUCUACCAUUGUGUAAGACUUACCUGGAUUUAUUUGGUGGGAAGAUAGAUAUUCAAAGUCUUGCAGGAAGAGGUACAGAUGUCUAUAUAACAUUAACGGGACCCACUGAGAAGAUGCUUGACUGCAACACAGAGCCUUAA